UGUUAUCCGUCCAUCUCCGGUUGGGAAGUGAGGGCUGCUCUUGCGAUUGGGAAGACCGGUCACGCGGGGAGGUGGCGGUUUCUGCUGGGAUCUGGAGCCCGCUUUUAAAAAGCAGUUCGAGUUGCAGCUAUGGUGGAGGAGGUGCAGAAACAUUCUGUACACACACUGGUGUUCAGAUCCCUGAAAAGAACCCACGACAUGUUUGUUAGUGAUCAUGCUAAACCUAUUGCAGUAGAUGAGAAAAGUUAUAAACUCAAGAUGAAUGUGAAGCUUCAAACAGAGUACAGUCCUGUGCUCCAUAUGCCCAUACUUAAGGAAAUCAGAGAAAAGAGUUCGCAGUCUGACUCCUACAAUCAUGGACCUUAUGACCUAAAUCAUGGUGAGGAAUCUGAAUACAUUAUAACUGGCACACAUCCGUACCCAUCAGGUCCAGGAGUUGCUCUGACAGCUGAUACACAAGUGCAGAAAAUGCCCAGUGAGGCAAGUGCUCAAGCCUUGGCUUUGGCGCUUCCUCCUUCACAAGCCAGACAAGAUGCAAAUCGUACUGCAGCCAGUGUUGCUGAUAUUCACAGACAUGCGGGCAUUGCUGAACGGUCACAGCCUCCAGUAUCUUCCAUGGCUGUAAUGGAAGUUGGAGGUUCAAAGAAUUCUUCACUAAUUUCAAGAAAACUUCCUACAAUGCCAAAACCACAAUGGCACCCACCUUGGAAGCUGUACAGAGUAAUCAGUGGCCAUUUGGGCUGGGUUAGAUGUCUUGCAGUUGAACCUGGAAAUCAGUGGUUUGUUACUGGAUCAGCUGAUAGAACUAUUAAGAUCUGGGAUCUGGCUAGUGGUAAGUUAAAGCUCUCUCUGACUGGGCACAUCAGCACUGUACGAGGAGUGGCGGUCAGUUCACGAAGCCCAUACCUUUUCUCCUGUGGUGAGGAUAAGCAAGUGAAAUGCUGGGAUCUGGAAUACAAUAAGGUUAUCCGACAUUACCACGGUCAUUUAAGUGCAGUGUAUGGACUUGAUUUGCACCCAACCAUUGAUGUCUUGAUAACAUGUGGCAGAGAUUCAACUGCAAGGGUUUGGGACAUACGAACGAAAGCAAAUGUACACACUUUAAUAGGGCAUACAAAUACAGUAGCGACUGUAAAAUGCCAAGCUGGUGAACCACAGAUUAUUACAGGAAGCCAUGACACAACCAUACGACUCUGGGAUUUGGUAGCAGGGAAAACUAGAGUCACAUUAACCAAUCACAAGAAGUCUGUUCGUUCUCUCAUUCUACAUCCAAGACAAUAUACUUUUGCUUCUGGUUCUCCAGAUAACAUAAAGCAGUGGAAAUGUCCCGAUGGUAUUUUUAUUCAGAACCUACCUGGUCAUAAUGCUAUCAUCAAUACACUUGCUGUCAACUCGGAUGGUGUGCUCGUAUCAGGAGCUGAUAAUGGUACCAUGCACCUGUGGGAUUGGAGAACUGGUUACAACUUCCAACGAAUACAUGCUGCUGUGCAGCCAGGCUCCUUAGAUAGUGAAUCUGGAAUUUUUGCAUGCACCUUUGACCAGUCAGAAAGCAGAUUACUGACAGCAGAAGCUGAUAAAACGAUUAAAGUCUACAAAGAAGAUGACACUGCUACGGAAGAAACUCAUCCAGUCAACUGGAAGCCAGAGAUCAUCAAACGGAAGAGAUUCUAAGUGACUUCCAUUUAAAAUUCAUAAUGGACAUUGUGCUGAAUUUUAAAGUUCUUAAGUAAUGUUCUCCCAUCUUUAGAUUCUCACCUGCACUCCUGCCCAAAUUCAAAAUCAUUCACUGGCUGAAAAGCAGACUCUUAUUGGGACCACUAACCAAUGUCAACUAUGUCAACUUUUCCAGGAGAAUGGUUGGUAGAUUCUUUUGUGAGAAAAAAAGUUUUACACAGGCAUUUGCCUUUCACAGCAUUUCACCAAAAUGAAACAAAGACUAAGACAGUGACAUGCAGGGCACAGGUGCACACUAGUAUGUUGUCAGUCCAUAGUACAAUGAGUAUAUUACUGCAGUGUUCCUCUGCCAGUUUAUACUAAGAUGUAAUUUAUUGGAACUUUGCUUCGACUGAAAGAUGGCUAAUGCCCUGGAGACUGUUUCAAGCUUGUUGUAAUUCGGUUGUACGCUGUUUCAUUAUGAUAAUUGUAUAAAUCUUUGUCAGUGUUGAAAGGUUAAAGUAUCCUGUUCAAGACUGGUUGAUAUUCCAAAAACGGCUCGAAUCUGAAGUGUUAGAAAGUUCUGAAAGUACUGUUCAGACAGUCCCAGUUCCUACAGUGGAAACAAAUUCUGUGAAGAUAUUUACAAAAUAUUCUCAUUAUUUUUCUUUUGAGGAGACAUGGGCCAUCAAGAAAUAUGUAGAAAUAUGAUUUUUUUUCAACCUCACCAUUAAAUUUUAAAGCUUAAAUGAA